GGGACGAAAUUUAAACUGCACUGCGAGCGAGACGUGAGUGGUCGUUGAGAGGCGUUGUUCGCUUUGUCCUUUGGCUCUUCUUUUGCCCGGGUUGCAUUUCUGAAGCUGCUGUUUCUUCUUCCCUUGGGUGCGAAGGCUGCACUCUUAAGAACGUUUCCUGGGAACAAGCGCCAUUAAGUGCAAGGGAUUCUCUUUCAGUGAUCCAGGUGGGCAGUCGGGUUGUGAGGUGUGGUGCCUUCCGUGGGCAGACUUGAUUUUAAAGGUUAAAAGAGAUGGCGACCAGUGAGGAGAUAAUAUCAUGUCUCCGUAGUCAGCUGAAAGAGGCUGAAGAGGAAAGAAGAAAGGCAGCGCAGUAUGGUUUAGAACUGAUGGAAGGGCAGAAUGUGUUGCAGAAUCGGCUGGAUGAACUGCAAAAUGAAAUGGUCACCUCAACAGAGAAAUUUGAACAAGAAAAAUAUACCCUCCAGAAAGAAUUAGAACUAAAGACUAAUGUUGGAAGUUUAAAUGCUGAAUAUGAUACCCUGAAGCAGCUACAAAAUAUACAGCUAGAUACACUGCGUGAACAACUGGAAAGGCUGCACGGACAGGAAAUAAAUGAACUUAAGAAUAAGGUGGGAAAACUGAAAUCUGAGCUAGAUGAAAGUCUGCUUAGUGAAAAGCAGCUGAAGCACAAAGUGGACCAUCUUAAGGAGGUCAUUACUUCUAAAUCAGAAGAACUGCGUGUAAUGUCAGAGCGCGUUCAUGAAACAAUGUCUUCAGAAGUGCUCAGUCUACAACUUGAGCUAAUAGCUCUUGAAAACUCAAAGGGAGAACUUGAGGAUAGGUUACACGAACUGCAGUACAGCAAAGAACAACUGGAACUUGCAAACAGCAAUCUCAGCAAUCGUGUCUCACGUCUUGAAGAGGAGAAAGAAGAUAAAGAAAAAGAUCUUGCCUCUUACUGUAAUGCAUUAGAGAAAGCUCGUGACGUCAAUAGGGAUCUUCAGGCUCAAUUGGAUCAUGCACUGCAAGAGGCCUUGGAUCCUUCCAGUAAAGGCAGUUCUUUGUUUGCUGAGGUGGAGGACAAGAGAGCAGAAAUGGAGCGUCAGCUGAUCAGUACAAAAGUAAAAUAUCAGUUACUACAAAAACAACAUACUUUUAUUAGAGGACAACUGCAAAGAAUGAAGCUACAAAUGGCUACACUGCUUCGGAUGAAGGGAUCCCAGGGGGGGCAAGAUCAGCUGGAACGUUUGCAGAACAUGCUUCAGCAAAAGAAUAGUGAAAUAGAAGAACUUAUUACGAAAGUGAAGCAGCUGGAAAAGCCCAAGGUAUCUGAAAGCUCAAAAGAACUGAUGCUUUAUAAUGCUUCUGAAAGCAAGGAAUUUGGACACGGCUGUUACACAGACUUACUGCAGAUGAAGCUUGAGAACUCUGAUAAGGAGAUAGAACAUUUGAAAAGUGAAUUGUCCUUACAGCGAAUGAAAGCUUUGUUUGAAAAUCAGCAGGUUUUGGAGAUUGAGCGGAAGCUUUUUGCAAGUGAAAGACAGCUUGAGGUUUGUCAAAGUGACAAUAUAAAUUUGCGGGUGCUUCUGGAAGAACUGAGAAUCAAGUAUGAACCUGAAGAGUUAAUGAAAAAUCUCAUCAGUUUUAAGAAGUCUCCCGAGAACGUAGCUUCUGAUAACACAAGCAGCACGAGGACCUCUACACAUGAAACUGCUUCGUUGCUGUCUCAAACUUAUGAAGAGAUAAUAAGUGAACCCGCCAUGAAAAGCUCUCUACAAUUUGUACCAAUGAACAUAGUUCUACCAUCAGCAAUGCGUCAGAAAACUGAUCAGCCCGAAAAGAAGAGAGUUAGAACCAAGGAGGAAGAACCUGACAGGAAAAGUAUAAAAAAGAAAGAUGGGAAUGAUACUGCACCUGUUCCAGUUACCAGGUUGACAUCUGAACUUGGAUCAAAGACAGAAGAAAACUAUGUUGGUGCAAUGGAAGAUGCAAGUAAACAGGAGAAGAAAAGCCAAAAGAAAACAUACCCUAUAAUACAUAUGUCUUCCAGAGAAGUUCCUGAAACACAGUGUGCUCAACAAUAAUUUUGAAUAUAUUUGUAUUGCUCAGAGCUUUACUGUUUUGACCGUAGGACAAAGCAGCGGAAUAGAAAAUUUGACUUGUUUCUUCAGUGCCUUUUAUUUAAAUACUCUGCCUAUAUAGACUGUCCUGCAGGUAUUAAAAAUUUUAUAAUGGUGUUUUUUGUUGAAGAGAACUGCAGAACUGAAAUAAAAUUCCUAAGAAACUACUUGUUUCAGUUGAAACAAACGGUUUAGAUUAUGUAGCAUUCCUCAAAAACUAUUUAAUCCAUAAUAUACCAGUGAUUUGAUUAACAUAGAUAUUAUACAGUGGCUUCAGAGAUAAUCUUAAAUAUGUAUUUAUCAUAAUGUCACAUUUGUGAAAGACUCUCUAGUUGGGCUGUACACUUUUAUAAACCGAUUAAGUACUGGGAUGGGGUAGGGGGAGAUAAUACCUAGAUUUGGCAGCCCCAGCCAAAGAUGCCUUAAUAUGCAUUUCCUCUUCUCUAGUUGUACUGAUGUGUUGUAACACUUUGUCAAACGUUCAUGUUUAAAUAAACCUUUCAAAUUGUG